GUCAUCGAUUUUUGUGCUUCUUGAAAUACUUCGGCACAGCAAAAAUAUUCAUAUUUAUUUUACUAUAAAACAGCACAAUGACAAGUGAGAGUAGCUCCGCCGUGCUAGACCUGAACGAUGGAGACGAGACGGAGGAAACGGAGGCAGCAAGUAUGAUCGAUGACCUUAAUGAGGACCUGCAGGAUGCGGUGCCUCUCAUCAUGGAAACUGGAUGCGAUAUUGCUGUUAAGGUGGACGCACCAAUGAAACAGAUGUCGACACUGGAGACGUACGUGACGUACCGCGUGCGCUGCGUGUGCGCACGGUGGCAGUCGCCGCCCAGCGUUCGGAGACGGUACAACCACUUUAAGGUGCUCCACCAGCGUCUCACGUCCUCGUAUCCGCUGCUGGCGAUCCCGCCGCUGCCCCCACUGCACUCGGCGCGACAACAGCUUGACAGAUACUCGGCCUCCUUUGUCGCUAUCAGGACUUUGGGACUCAACGCGUUCCUUGACCGUGUCGCUAAGCAUCCUAUAUUGACGCACAGUGAUGACUUCCGUCAGUUCGUCACGAUGCCUGAUGAGGAACUGGAUAAGAUUUUCAAAAGUGAGAGCAGCGCUCUCAAUUUGUGGGGUUUGAGCAGCGCUCUGUACGGCAGCGGAGAGGCGAAGCCAGCGAACGGAGCGAGGGUGAAAGAUCCAGAGUUCACGUGUAUAGAAGAUUACCUGACGUCGUUGGAACAGAAACUGACUGCGCUGUGUUCGCUCACCACGAAGCUUCAUAAAGGGUGUGCGGAGGUCUCCAAUGAGCUUAUGGGUAUGAAGCGUUGUUGCGACGCGUGGGCGACCCAGGCGGGGGGGCACACGGCGCGCGCCGUGUCCGCGGCGGGGGGCGGCGCGGGCGGCGCCGUGUGCCGCGCCCCGCCGCCCCCCGCGCACUCCGCCAUACUGCCCAUGCUGGCCGCCUACUGCCGGGCGCACAGAGACAAGCUGAGGAGGAGGCAGGCGCUGCACGCCUCGUACGUCGCUGGAAACACAUCGGACGAUUUACAUAACAGACUAGAACAAGCUUCCGAAGCCCUCCGCUCUGAGCUGUCAGACUGGAUGCCUAAAACAAGAACUGAAAUCAAAUCGAUACUAAUGGAUUUGGCGGACGGACAAGUGAACAGACACACGCAGAGUUUGAAAUCUUGGGAGCACGCGUUGAAACUCUCCACGGAAACGGAUUACACGGAUAUAUUCAAGACAGUGUCAAAGAACGCUGUGCAGAAUCUGUCGCCGUCUAAAUGUGAGUGUAACUUUGAGAGUGCCGACAGUUUGAGCGAUCAGGAUAACACGGACAUGUUGGACGUGGAUUUGUCGUGAUUGCCCGCUGUUGGGAGUGGGAAUGUGCUCACUGUUGAGAGUGGGAAUGUGCCUACUGUUGAGAGUGGGAAUGUCCCCACUGUUGAGAGUGGGAAUGUGUCCACUGUUGAGAGUGGGAAUGUGUCCACUGUUGAGAGUGGGAAUGUGUCCACUGUUGGGAGUGGGAAUGUGCUCACUGUUGAGAGUGGGAAUGUGUCCACUGUUGAGAGUGGGAAUGUGCUCACUGUUGAGAGUGGGAAUGUGUCCACUGUUGAGAGUGGGAAUGUGUCCACUGUUGAGAGUGGGAAUGUGUCCACUGUUGGGAGUGGGAAUGUGCUCACUGUUGAGAGUGGGAAUGUGUCCACUGUUGGGAGUGGGAACGUGCUCACUGUUGAGAGUGGGAAUGUGUCCACUGUUGAGAGUGGGAAUGUGUCCACUGUUGGGAGUGGGAAUGUGCCUACUGUUGAGAGUGGGAAUGUCCCCACUGUUGGGAGUGAGAAUGUGCUCACUGUUGGAUGUGGAAAUGUGUUCACUGUUGGGAGUGGAAUUGAGACGGGACUUGACUCGAUUAUGUCCAAGCUUUUGGAAGAAUUUUGAGUGUUAUUAUUUUCAAAUUGACAUGUGUUUUUUUUAUGUAUAAAGCUGAUAUAUUUAUAUUAUUAUUUUCUAUAUAUUUUUACACUGUUUCUUUGUUGUAUGUAUGUCUCAAACUAAAUAGUAUUUUUUUUUAAAUAACUCCCUAAUUUUCCUAAAACAUUACUCAUAGAAUCUUAUUUCAACAAGUUGUAUUAUUAAAUUUAUGGUAGUGUAAAAAAAACGCCAAAUAUAUAAUGUGUUUUAAGGAAUGAUGUCCCAAAGUAAAUAACUACUUAUGACUAUAAAAAAAAACAUAUUCUUACGUACCUAUUACAUACAUGCAUUAACUUGGGAUUCCUCUUGUAAGCGAUGGGCUGUCACAUUUGAAUCUCAAUGCCAUCAUAAAGACAAAAACGUGGCCUUUCAAUAUUUUUGACUGUUGUCUUUAUCUACCCUGGAUAGGAUAUAGACGUGAUAAUAUGGUCAUGUGAAUAUUUUGCCACAUUUUUUCUGAAAUAUCGAAUGGGUUAAAAGGUUCUUGUUUUAUUUUAUAAUAUUCAAAUAUAUAGUAACGUAACUUCCAUAUUCUUCAAUAUAUAAUCAUAUUGAUUUGAUGUUUUGUAAAUAUAUCUACAUAUUUAGUGAAUAAAAACAUUAAUUAACCACAAAACUAACCAGUACAAUAAUAAUAAAAUCAGUAACUUAUAAUAAAUUGUCUUAUUAUCAGGUUGGCUGGAAGAGAUCCCACUCAGGGAUAAGCCCGCCUUUGUACUGUACUACUGUUUUAUAUUUGUAAUGCACUUAGCUGUACCCGCGACUUCGUCCGCAUCAAAUAGUUAUUUUAGGCAUCAUUGAAGCCCUCAAAGAUCAAUAAAUUUCCCCGUUUUUUUUCAACACAUUUUCCAUUACUUCUUCGCUCCUAAAAGUUGCAGCGUGAUGUUAUAUAGCCUAAAGCCUUCCUCGAUAAAUGGUUUAUUUAAUACAAAAAGAUUUAUCAAUUUGAACGAGUACUUCCUGAGAUUAUUUGCAUUUUGUAAUGUACUUACUUAUUAUAUAUUGUUAUUUUUAAUUAAUUAGAAUCUUUUUAACACGUACACCUGAUUGAACAACUUUUACUAUGGGACCAACCUGGUAACAUACAUACAUAUAAUCACGUCUAUAUCCCUAGCGAGGUAGACAGAAACAACAGGCUUGAAAAGACUGAUAGGCCACGUUCAGCUACUUGGCUUUAAGAUAGAAUUGAGAUUCAAAUAGUGACAGGUUGCUAGCCCAUCGCCUAAAAGAAGAAUCCCAAGUUCAUAAGCCUAUUCCUUAGUCGCCUUCGCCAGUCGACAUCCAUGGAAAAAAGAUCGAGUGGUCCUAUUGAAAUUCAAAACUUUAUUAUAUUCUUUUUUCUAUUGAUGCCGGGAACCACACGGCACAACCUGGUAACUAGGAAAAUAAAAUCAGCUGUCAUUUCGAAUUUGGUCCUAUAGUAAAAGUUGUUCAGUUUGACGUACUGAUGCACCUGUUAAAAUUAUUCUCAUUAAUUAGUAAUAACCGUGUAUAUCCGACUAAUUGAUAUCAUAUCUCCUAGUUUUUAAUGCAUUUGUGUAAAUUAUAGUUUGUAUAUGAAGCAAUAAAUUGGCGGUAGUGGUCUAGCGGACGUUUUGUGAACUAAUUUGAAAUUUGACAAUACGUUAUGGCAUAUCAAAAAAUAAAAAAGAAACAUUCUUAAAAAUCUGCUGUAAGAGAUAAAUUCAAAAAUUACUUGUAAGUACUAUAGAGGAAGAUACAGGUGGAACUGAGAACCACCUUUUUUUGAAGGCGGUCAAUGAAAGCGGACUGUUGUAUAAUAAAAACUAUUAACUUUUAUAGUACAGUCAGACUCGCUGCCAUAAAACGUGGAAGCGAGACGCCGCCUGUCGCGUUCUCUGUCGCACUUGCGGCCUUGCGGCAGGCAACGCAAACAUUGUGUAGAUAUUUAUGGUGUGAAAAUGUAAAAUGAGCCAAAGUUAAUUACCGUGCGCACGCGCACUUAGGGAUCGAUAUACGGUUAUCGAUUAGUGACUCAUCGCAUGCCCCUCGCCCUAGCGCACCGAAGUUUUAUGGCCCCGCGUCUGACUAUACUAUAAUUUAAAUUAUUGCGCAAGGCAGUCUUGUAAGUGAUUUUCGCUUCCCGCUAGGCUAUCGACUGUAAUUACUUUAAGUUUAUACAUUUCUGUAUAUAAUGUAUUUGUAUAGUAUUAAAAGGAGAUUUUCUAACAAA